AUGAAAGCUUCGUCGAAAAAGAGCCAGCUCUACGGUGCGUGUCUGCUCGCAGCCAUGAGCCUGCUAGCAGGACGCGCAUCCAGCGAGUCUCUUGCUCCCUCUUACUUUCUCGACGAAGCUCUGAUCAAGAGGGAUUCCAUCCCGGAUCCGCGCGCACCGUCACCGCACGUCGAUCUCAGACCACCUCGGCAUGCCAGGCACGGCUCUUGGGAGAAUGCGGUCAAGAGGAGUCAGCAGAGAGCAGAGAGGAGGAGGAGAGUGGAGGCUGCUUCGAGGGACAGACCCUCGAGCAGCGAUGUCAACAUGAACGACAAGGUUCAGGAACUUGGGCAUCUUGGAGAGUGAGUCGAGUGCUGCACAUUUGAGCAAUGCGCUAGGCAUCAGCUAGGAGCGUGCGAUUGGCUUUGAGCGCGUUAGCCCGCGCAAUGGUCGCCCCCCAUAGCGCAAGGGUACGCCAAUGGAGUCUGAUAUGGCAAGCUUACGUUCCGUCGUGCCUCUCUGCGCGCAAAAGUGCAUACAACGCACCCGUAAACAUGUCGAAUCCAGCUCAACUUGUAUUUGUAGAGCUGGACACUGGCUCUGCAGAUUUAUGGGUCGUCUCAUCGUCGUGCAACAACCAACAGUGUCAAGCACAAGAUCUGUUCAAGUUUGACGAAAAGGCUAGCGGGACUUAUCGUCAGCUGGCAGUAGAAUCCAACGUCAAUGUCAACACAACUUCGAGCAGCACAAGCACUGCAUCCAAUGGUACUCUGUCCAAUGGCGAGCAGCGUGCAGCGCGAGCAGAAAGCGAAGAUGCUCAGCUUGGAGACCGCGGUGAUGAGGGCUCCGGAAGUGUGCAACGCCGCGCGCCAAGUCGACGCCCUGGUUUUGGCUUGUUGCGCAUGUUUGCCGCCGCUCCAAGUAGCAGCGGCAACGCAGUGCCCUUCUCCAUCACUUACGAUUCCACCGAGACGGCGACGGGCGUGCUGGGAGUGGAGAACAUCACGCUGGCCAACCUAGGCGUUUCUCAGCAGAUAUUCGGUCUGGUGAACAGCACCAACAUUACGCUGCAAGAGCAGGGAAUCUCUGGAGUGCUGGGAUUGGGGUUCACUAGGAGCAGCGCGAUAGCUAGGAGCUUGUUCAAUGUGACGGAGCAAGUGCAAGGAAAGAGCACGCCGUUGAUGACUUCGUUGAUCACCUCCUCCGACGUCUCAUACCCGCUCUUUUCGCUAGCUCUCAAUCAGAGCGGGGGUCGCUUGACCGUAGGUGCCAUCGAUACUGCCUACUUGCCCGACAAGCAAGCAAGGCUCGAUGUGGCUUGGUAUGAUGUGGUGCCUUUCCCAUCCGGGAACAGAGCCGCGCCAGAAACGUCUCUUUCCAACCAAGAAGCUCGAGUACUUGGAUCGUACGCGUACUGGGCCCUGCGACUCACAGGUGCCGGGGUCAAUGGCACGGGCGUAGACAUUCGUCCGACGUACAGUCAGGUAGGAACGGACCCCAUUGCUCUGAUCGAUUCGGGCACGCUGGGCAUCGUUGGGCCAUUCGAUGCGGUCGGCAGACUCUUUGACCAGAUAUUUGGGGCUAGAUACGUCGGCGAUGGUCGUUGGGUCGUCCCGUGCGACACGACUGUCCGCAUGCACGUUAGCUUUGGCCCUCAGCGAAACUUCACACUGCUACCUAGUGACUACUGUGAGUGGAAUGCCGAGCCAAAGACGUCGUAUGUCGUCGAUGCUGACGAGAGUGGAACACUUGGUAGUGAUUGGACCGGCUGUUGGCAAUCCGUACCUUUGCUUGGCUUGGCCAGCUGCCGUUCCUGCUUCACCGGAUGGUGUAGACUGGAUCCUCGGUCAAGCCUUUAUGCGAGCGCAGUACUCUAGUGAGUCAGGGGCAAGCGCGUUACCAUGAUCGCACUGCGCAUUGACGUAGUGAUGGGACCGUGCCACACAGUCUUUUCGCUAGGCAUCGAGGGAAAAGAGCCACCCAAGAUUGGCUUUUACCCUUUCCGGGCCUCACCCUCUGCUGAGAGCUCCUCGCUCUACGCGCCAGAGCCCACAGCCUCCCUCUCCUCUUUUCUCUCAAGCAUCGCAACUGCCAUAGCGACCACCUUGCCCAACUCUAUCGUCCCACUCCUCGCACCCACCUCUACCGCCUCCUACAUCUUCCUCAACGCUACCCAGACCCCUUCGUUGGGUCUCUUGCCGACCUUGGGAGCGGGAUCGAGAAGCUACUCGGCUUUGAUAUCCCAAGUCACGGGAAACGAGGUGCCGGUUAUUGCCAACGAUAGCAGGCAGGUCAUUCCUGCCCCUCCCAACCCCGCCGCUACAGGCAAAAAGGAUGGCGCAAGCAGAUCGGCCACAUUGGACUUGCAGCUGCAGCUGCUUUGUGUUGCAGUGGUGCUGAUGACUAGCACCGUGCUGCGAAUGCUAGACUGA